GCAGUUCGAGAUCUCCUUGCUCGGUUGAAGUUGGCGGGGGGCUUAACGGCGUCACAAAUGGAAUUAGGGUUUCGUUAGCUGGUGGAGUACUGCUGGGGUUGGUUUCUUUCCUUGUUUUACGUUUGGUUUUUGCCUGCAAAAUUUUUGGCGUGGCUCUUUGGUGAAAGCCACUGGUCAUAAUUCACUGUUGUAGAAGUAGAAUGUGGGCAGUGGGCGCGUCCGUGUGAGUGUGUGUGUGUGAGAGAGAGAGAGAGAGAGAGAGAGAGAGAGAGAGAGAGCAUGGAAAUGGCAACCUGUUGAAGCUAAUCCGGGGAAAACCUCUUUUUCUUGGGCGGCCCCUGCCUUAGUGUUUUUUUUGUCAAGAUGAACUAUUCAUUAACAGUACACAAAAUCACGUUCCCUCUUCAUUUUUUUAAUCUUGAUUCUAGCUAGCUAGUACUACUACUAUACCUCUCUCUCUCUCUCUCUCUCUCUCUCUCUCUUACUUAACUUACUGUGUUGCUUGUGAGAUGGUCAACAUCAUGAGUGUUAAAUGCCUUGAAAUCAUACGGAUCGGUGACCCAAGAUUCAUUGCUUUUGUGAGUUACAUUCACCAAAUAUCCGCAUCAAUAUACACAUACUGAUCAAGAAUUUCCAGAGAAGGGAAAUCUUGGUCUCUUUGAUGGAGUUGAACAACUUCAUGGCCGAUCAAUCGCACGUUGCGCAGCGAAACCGGCGCGACAAAUUGAGAAUCCAGCAAGGUACAACCCCCCAAGCUCAGCAGCAGCAUUUGCAGCAGUACCCUAGCCAUUUGGAACACUUAUCUUUCCAUCAGCAUCAUCAGGAACUAAACCCAGAUAUUUCCAUUGCUAGAUACGGUAAUAUUUCGUAUAACCCAACUGUGUUUCCCUCGGAAAUGCUCAGUUUCGCCGAAACUCCGCAGAAUUGUGGCACAUGGAAAAGUGUUAGUGCGCCCCAUCAAAGUUGCGAUUGGGGCGGCAAUGUUGUUAACUAUCCGGGCAGUGAUCAGAGAAGUCACGACCACAUAUUAGCCGCGGAGGGUCUCGCGGGUGCUAGGAAAGUUAUCUUCAGCGGGUAUCAAGAUUUACAAGCGUCUUCGUUAACCAAUCCGUCUAGCAGCGAUGUUUCUAGUAGUCAAAAUACCCACAAGCAACCUUACGAGGAAAUGCAUUUCAAUUCCGCACCGCCGGCAUUUUACCCAAACACCCCGGUUCUUCAUCUUCCGACUUACGGUGAUCAUCAGUCCGUUACAUGGACCGGUGAUCAACUGGGGUUUCUUGCAAAUAAGACUAGUGCUAGGGAGUUGAAAGCGGUUGCAAGUGAUCAUUCCAAUACACAGAGCCUAUCUCUAUCGCUUUCGCCGAAUCUGCACUCUGGGGGUGUAGAAGUGAACGACAUUCGCGGUCCAAAAGGCUUGAAAUACGACUAUAUGUGUUCGAAUUCAAAGCCUUCCAGUAUUGGUGGUGGUAAAAUUAUGGGAAGUAGUAGUUGUCAAGACAUUGUGGGGUCGUCGACAUUUACCCACCGGGGGAGUACCGGUCCUCUGGGCCCGUUCACUGGUUAUGCAACUAUACUCAAGGGUUCAAAGUUUUUGAAGCCUGCCCAACAGCUGCUUGAUGAAAUAUGUGGCGGACCUGAUCCGAAAUUGAUCAAACAAUGUGGGGCGUCCGAUAUGGUUUCCGAUGGAAUUAAGGGUGGCGGCGGCGGCGGUGACUCAGGUGCUUCGUCGUCUACGUUGUACGGUUCGAAUGAAAUAAGUGGGGAUGGUCGUGUUCGCAGCGGCUCCGGCGAAUCGUAUCACCCUGAGUAUCAACAAAAGAAAGCAAAGCUAAUGUUUAUGCAGGAUGAGGUUUGCAAAAGGUACAAACAGUACCACCAGCAGAUGCAAUUGGUGGUUUCGUCCUUUGAAUCGGUAGCUGGUCUAAGCUCCGCCACCCCUUAUGUCUCUCUAGCUGUCAAGGCAGUCUCGAGGCACUUUCGAUGCGUUAAGAACGCAAUCUCUGACCAGCUCAAGCACAUAAGAAAAGCCUUGGGGGAGGACUUCUCGUCCCCCAGUACCACUGGAGCGAGCAGCAGUAAAGGCGAUGCGAGGACAACGCCAGGGUUGAAAUUCGUGGACCACCAGUUUAUGAGGCCAAAACCCGGAGGAGGCAAUUCAGGCAUUUUUGAAUCACCACAGAACGUUUGGAGGCCCCAAAGAGGCCUGCCAGAACGUUCUGUGGCCGUUCUUAGGUCUUGGCUGUUCGAACACUUUCUUCACCCGUAUCCGACGGACACAGACAAGCAUAUGUUGGCUAGCAGAACCGGUCUCUCUCGUAACCAGGUGUCGAAUUGGUUCAUUAAUGCCAGAGUCAGGCUGUGGAAGCCCAUGGUGGAAGAAAUACACAUGCUUGAAACCAAAGGUUCCGCGGAAUCGAACUCGAACAUGGGCCAAACCGACGGGAAACAACCCGCCGCAGAAGGGCCCAGCCGGCCCAAUUACGAUGGUCAGCCCACAUUGGAACCGGGUCGCUGGAACCAGGAAAAAAGGUCCAGAGUUGAGUGUCGGAUCCCGGAAGGCAUCGAUGGUUCCUUAAUGGGCUUCGUGCCGUACCAGCGCAGUGGGCUCGAGAUCGGGCUCACAUUGGGCCUGAGGCAGAGUGCCGAGACUGCCCACCAGCAGCAGCAGUUGCAGCAACAGGAGUACGAGGUGAGGCAGCAGUUUGGGGGUCAGAUGAUCCAUGAUUUUGUUGGGUAAAACAUCAAGCAAAACUUAAUAUAUAUAGCUCUAGAAGAACCAAACAAGGGAAUAAUACAAGGUUUGGGGAAAAAAAUAGAAAGAAAGGAUAGUUCUUUCCGCGCGAAAGGAUUUUCGGGCGACAACGCGACCGUGGCAUUAGGUAGCAGGUGAAUUGAGAAGAGUGAGAGAACUAUGAUAUAGCGGUUGAAAGGUGAAACUCGGGAUGAUUUUGCAAAGAUGUUAUUAUUACAAGUAAGGUGUUAAUUGUAAUGGAAUUGAAGUGAAAAUGAUGAAACAGAGAAGGAUAUUGGUGUACUUGCUGGUAGUUAGUAUAAAAUUGGGACCCUAUUAUUAUAUUAAAUGAAACACGGAUAUUGGGAUGUAA